CACCGGAGUCCACGUUGAUCGCAAUCAGACACAAUGGCGAUCAAGCACAACCAGACGAUCAUCAGCAACCACUUCCGCAAGGAUUGGCAGAGGCGGGUUCGCACCCACUUUGACCAGCCCGGCCGAAAGUCUCGGAGACGUACUGCUCGUCAGGCCAAGGCUGCUGCCCUCGCUCCUCGUCCCGUCGACAAGCUCCGCCCCGUGGUGCGAUGCCCUACCAUUAAGUACAACCGCCGCGUCCGCGCCGGUCGUGGUUUCACCCUCACUGAGCUCAAGGAGGCCGGUAUCUCCAAGUCCCUGGCUCCCACCAUCGGCAUCGCCGUCGACUUCCGCCGACAGAACCUGAGCGAGGAGAGCCUCGCCGCCAACGUGGCCCGCCUCAAGGCCUACAAGGAGCGCCUCAUCCUCCUGCCCCGCAAGUCCAACGCCCCCAAGAAGGGUGACACCAAGACCGACGUCUCCCAGCUGGACAAGGUCCGCUCCAUCGCCGCCGCUCUGCCCAUCGCCCACGUCUCCGAGGGCGUCACUGAGAUUAGCAAGAGCGAGAUCCCCGCCGGUGUUGAGGGUGGUGCCUACGCGAAGCUUCGCAACGCCCGAAGCAACGCCAGGUACCAGGGUGCCCGCGAGAAGCGUGCUCGGGACGCGGCCGAGGCCGAGUCUGCCAAGAAAUAAACUUCUUGUUAGAAAAAAGGGAAACUGGUGUUUUAAGGGUUUUCUUGCUCUUUUGCGUCCUCUACUGGGAGAGUGUGUGCGUGUGGCAAGGGUUCGGUUUUCGAAGCUUUGAAUGAACUGUGUGCUGGGCCAAGGUUACGGGAGGAAAAUAACUACUAUAUGCUCUUUUAGGUCACACACCAGGUCAAAGAAUUAUUUGCAUGAUCAAACCGACUCUGCCCACCAUGUAUUACGCACAGCUCAUACAAACAAAAGGGCCAAUUGGCAUUUAAUUUGAAACGAGGGCAUGA